CAGAGAUUCGCCCCUCAUAAGCAUGGAGUGGGGACUCAGCAAGGGGACGGAGAGAGAUGCCAGUGGCAAGGAGAUGGGUCAGAUGGGUCAUGACGACUUGGUUGUUGCUCUUUCUAGCCACCUUGAGGUGCUUAGGAGGGAGAUCUCGUUCCUGAGGACAGAGGUCACGUCCCGGGGCAAUGGGUUGGCUGGAAAUGGAAACAAGGCUGAUCAAGAGCACAUCAUCAUGUCUAACCUAUCCCUCGAUGACACUCUACUCAAGAAGAAGGGGGCGAAGGAGAAGAUCUGAUCUGGUGGGGAGGGACAAGGCCUUGCUCGAGUUGCUGCUGUUCAUGGUCUUGGAACAACAAACGCAAGGGAAGAUGCUCAAUGGUAAAGAGGGGGCAGAGAGCUAUCUGUGAGGCCUACAGCGGGCAGCGCCGUAGCGGCACCAGCAGGCGUUUGGCCGCAGGUGCUGGACAGGAGCAGCGGAGCGCGUUUGGCGGCAUGCCGGAUCUGCUCUUGGUCCGCGUGAGAAGGCUGACCAAGCAAGGGCAAGCAAAAGGAGAAUGUGAACAACGUAAUGAUGUUCGACCAGGCCACCUACGACAAGCUGCUCAGUGAGUGAAUGGGAUGUAAAUAUCCGAAGAGACAGGUAUGCAUCUUGGACACUUUCUGGCAUACGUUACCAUUGCUGAGAAUGAAGCUAUCGGAAGGGAGUGUUAUGAAUUUAUGCUGCUGGUAUGUGUGAAAGCAAUUCACUUUGACUCGUCUAUUGGGUUUCUGUUGCAAAUUAUGUACUCCCUCCGUUCCAUAUCAGCGACGAGUAAUAUGGAAUGGAGGGAGAGUAGAACUGAACUACUCCCUCCGUCCCAUAAUAUAGGACGUUUUUUGACACUACACUACAUUAUGGGACGGAGGGAGUAGUUUGUUCGGAAUUGAUGUAAAAGCAUUGUAUGAUUGAUGCAAAGAAAAGAAAAGUGAUUUGCUAAGUGAAAAAUCUGUAGCAGCGGCUAGUUUGUUUGACUUGCCUGUGCACUGAGAGAGACAGAACUGUUUGGGUUUCUGGAGGUUUAGCUGCAUGGAGCUGUCAGUGAUUUUGCUAUAAAAUGCAGUGCAAAGUGUUCCUGUGCAGGUCAUUUUCCUAUCGGUAAUUUUUAGAGAUUGAGGAAUGUUGUCACAUUGAUUAAUCUUGUUGUCUCUGCCCAGGGACAGGGAGGGGGCUAAUUUGAUGAUGGUUAGGACGGCAACGAAAUCUCGUAUGCGCUAGAGAUGGACGGAAGGCUGUAUUUGAUCUUGUGGAGGGAGGGCUCCGGGCGGGAAUACUGAUGGGUGGAGCUUUGUCGGUGUCUUGUAUUAUUUAUUGCAGUAUAUAUCCGAGCUUGUCGUUUGGGUUGCUGUAGAAUUAAUGUGAUGUUGUGGAGAGUGCUACUCGUCCUAGGUUUUCCUUGUUUUGUAUCCACACAGGUGAUGCCACGCGGCAAGGUCCUGCUUCUUUGAGGAGUAGUGUAUAUAGGAGAGGUGCAUUUCGGAAUUGAGGAAAGAUAUGCUUGUUGCAGCUGUGUUUCAUAUAUCAGGCUAAUGUAAAUUUUGAAGUUUAUUAUCAGCAACACUUUUGCACUUGUUGAAAAAAAGAAAACCCUGUCUUGAUACGUGUGAUUGAUUGAUUGGCAUGCUCAGAAAUUCUUGGCUUAAAUGUGAAAAAUGAUGACCGUGUGUUUGUGGAAUCCUUCCGCUUGAUUGUGUUGGGCAAAAUCCAGUGGGCCGGUGCUGAGCGUGAGACCCCCCCGGCCCGACCCGGUCCCGGGGGGUGCUCGAAAGUUGAAACCCUAGGACACUAGAGCACUAGUAGUGAGCGUGAGACCAGGCGAGUGGCGGCGGCGAAGCCAUCUCUUCUCUUCUCUUCUCUUCUCAACACCCCCCACCCCAACCAGAACCCAAACCAGCUGGGAUCCACGGCCGGAGGCGGAGAGAGGAGGGGGCUGGGAUCCACGGCCGGAGGCGGAGAGAGAUGGAGGGGGAACUCAGGAAGGAGACGGAGAUGGAGUCCAGCAAGGGGACGGAGAUGGAGUCCAGCAAGGGGACGGAGUAUGAGAAGAAACUCGAGAUUCUCAUGAAGGCUCGGCACGAUGUCACGAGGCUGCUCAAGAAAGGCAAGUACCCGGCCAGGCAUAGGGCACUCUUGCAUACCCAGCAGCAUUUCUUGUCGGAGGAGCGAAAUAUCCUCAGGAUGAUGGGCAAGUCCCGGACGGAGAUUCAUAGGUAUCCCGAUUCCGAUUCUGGCGAUGAGAUGGGCAGAGCUUCAGGGUCCCUCGUAGGUAUGGAGCCCCAAUUGGGAAUCAGCAAGCGGACGGAGAUGGAUGGGGAGCUCAGGAAAGAGCAGGAGAGUAUCAGGAAGCUUCGGGACCAACUCACCAAGACUUGUGAAUCCUCCACGGACCCGGCGACGCAGAGGAUAUUCUUGGAUCAGCUGGAUAUACUCUGGAGGGAGGAGGACACACUCCUCACCAUGAUGAGCGAGUCCGGGAUGGACGUUCAGAGGGCUUCCGGUUCCGAUACCAAUAUCGAUUCCGAUUCCGGUUCCGGCGAUGAGAUGGGCAGUUCGGGGGUGCACCCAUCCCUCAUAAGGAUGGAGUGGAGACUCAGGAAGGAGAUGGAGAGGAAUUCCAGCAAGGGGACCGAGAUCGAGUCCGGCAAAGAGCAGGAGAUGGAGGGCAAACUCAGCAAGGAGCACCAAAGACUCAGGAAGGUUCGGUCCCAACUCAACAAGAGGUGCCAGUCCACCAAGGACCCGGCGACGCAAAGGAUACUCUUGACUCAGCAGGAGAUACCAUUGACCAAGGAGCAAGCACUCCUCACGAUCAUGAGGCAGUCAGGGAUGGAGAUUGAGAGGGAUCCCUAUUCCGAUUCCGGCAAUGAGAUGGGCAGAGAUUCUCCCCUCAUAAGUAUGGAGUGGGGACUCAGCAAGGGGACGGAGAGAGACACUGGUGACAAGGAGAUGGGUCUGAGGGCCAAUGGCUUGGUUGUUGCUCUUUCUAGCCACCUUGAGGUGCUUAGGAGGGAGAUCUCGUUCCUGAGGACAGAGGUCAUGUCCCGGGGCAAUGGGUUGGCUGGAAAUGGAAACAAGGCUGAUCAAGAGCACAUCAUCAUGUCUAACCUGUCCCUCGAUGACACUCUACUCAAGAAGAAGGUGAAUUUGCCUUACCUCGGUUGUGAGACUCAGGAUGUAAUGGAUUUCCUGCUCGUCGAGACGCAGCAGUUGCUCUAUCGCUUCAACUCUUUCGCGUCCAUUCAACAAAAAUUCAGAAUCCCCAUAUCUUCGGACAAGAUUGAGAAGCUGCGUCUCAUAUCCAAUGCACUUGUGGGCAUCUCGGAGCUUAUCAAAAGGCACAAAUCUGCUGCUGCCAAGGGUCAUGGAGAUCAUUUGGACCGUGCAGGCUGGGAUGCUACGUGGGGAUGCUCGACGAGAAAACAUGGUGCCUUUGACGACAUAACGACAUUGAGUCCUAUGCAAUUCACGGCUUGCACGCCUGGAAUCUUCCCAUUCUCGUCCGUGGCAGGCCCUACCUUGCAGAUCUAUUCAGUCAGGCUCGUUAAUCUUAACCGGAAUCUGAGUUGGCCACUUGAUGUCUACGGCGUGGUCGCUGCACGGGACGAUUUUGACCACAACCUUAACAUUCUCUUCCGCCGGUCAAGUGCAAACUGCCAAAGAAUUAAGAAAGAGGACCCUUUCUUGCACUUGAUUGGCCCGUCUCGUGCAAUUGUGGCUGGCGAACCUGUUUUGUUUCAAAUUGACCUGAAAUUGAAGUAUGGAGCACAGUUUGAACAUACAGCAUCGUUCACUGCCAACCAAAGUUACCGCUCUAUCAAGCGGUGUGACACCAUGCAGAUCCGCAACUCCUAUUGUACAGCAAAGAUAAGACUCGGGCGAGUUGCUCCAGCAAUCCAGGCCACAAUAGUAGGUGUUCGUGUGGUUGAAGGGGAGUGGCCUUUUAAGUAUGGAUGUAACGUUUCUUGCUUGUUUUCUCCUGCUGAUGCAACGGAGGGAUGCGCCGCAGAAGUCGUCUUGCUUGACUGUCGUGCUAAAAAGAUGCGUGCAGCAUCAGAUGGGUAUCUUUCUUUGUCAAGAAAUGUUGUGGCAGUGGGAUUGCAGGGCACACUCCGAGUCAUCACAGGAGCAUACUCAAAGUCCGGUGAAAGAUCGUGGAUGUCGCCUAGAGGGGGGGUGAAUAGGCGCUUUAAAAUAAUUACGGUUUAGGCUUGAACAAAUGCGGAAUAAACCUAGCGG